AUGAGUAAGAGCUCCAUGGAAAAAAUCAAAUCAGAUUUGGCCCUGAGGCUGGUGAGUGGAGGUGACAGGUGUCAGGGCCGGGUGGAGGUCCUCUACCAAGGCUCCUGGGGCACCGUAUGUGAUGACGACUGGGACAUCAAUGAUGCCAGAGUGGUCUGCAGGCAGCUGGGCUGUGGCAUCGCCAGAUCGGUCUGGAAAGAAGCCUGGUUUGGUCAGGGCUCAGGGCCGAUUGUCCUGGACGACAUGCACUGCUCAGGGCACGAGGCCUACCUGUGGAGCUGCCCCCACAGUGGCUGGAACUCCCACAACUGCGGACAUAGCGAGGAUGCCAGUGUCAUCUGCUCAGCUGCCCGGCCCCAGUCCACGCUCAUUCCAGAAACCAAAUCGGAUUUGGCUGUGAGGCUGGUAAAUGGUGGUGACAGGUGUCAGGGCCGGGUGGAGGUCCUGUACCAAGGCUCCUGGGGCACCGUGUGUGACGAUGACUGGGACACCAAUGAUGCGAACGUGGUCUGCAGGCAGCUGGGCUGUGGCCGGGCCCUGUCGGCCCCAGGAAGUGCCCAGUUUGGUCAGGGUUUAGGGCUGAUAGUCCUGGACAACGUGGUCUGCUCAGGGCAUGAGACCUACCUGUGGAGCUGCCCCCACAAUGGCUGGAACUUCCAUAACUGUGGACACAGCGAGGACGCCAGUGUCAUCUGCUCAGAUGCCAACCAGUAG